AUGUUGACGUCGAUAUCGCAAGCGAGGAUGUCAUUGCUUGCCUCGUUGUGGCGGUUGGGGAGCACCCCGUCCAAGCCCCACCCUUGUUGUCCCUGUGACUCCCAUGAUUCUCUCACCAUUGUCGAGAAGGCCGAGCUGUUACAGGAUGAGCUGGCUGAUGCCAAGUCACAGAAAGCCAGGUCACUCGUCCAAAGUAUUGUGUCGACCCACGCAGAAUUGCUUAAACUCAAGGACUUGAGACCGGGGAAGACUAUCAACCGUCUCUUGGGAGAUCUUGUCACACUUUGUUCCGAUAUCUACGACCAGGACAUUGUGAAUCAGGUACUCAAUAAUCCCACACUCCAGUCUCUGCUCCCCUCCCUUCGGCAGAUAUGUGCCGAAGCGGAAGCUUGUCUUGAGCACCACUGGACGGACUACAUCCUGCGUGGAUGCACGCCGGAAGAAGUCCAAUCCCGCCUAAAAAGCUUCCCCUACUACCAUAACUACGAGGACCUCACCCGCCUCGAGCUCUGUGCCAUCCUCUCCGCAACCAAGAGACCACCCUCUCGCAUUGCCUUCAUCGGCUCCGGUCCCCUGCCACUCACUUCCCUCUGCCUUCUAGACGCCCUAAAGCACGACCCAUUGGUUUCUCAACCCUUGUCAGGGACCAAACCCUCAUCUGGUCCCAUAGUCCUCAAUAUUGACUGCUCCCCCGCGGCCAUUUCCUCCUCCCUUUCUCUGUCCCUCGCCCUUGGCCCACCAGGCCAAGGCAUGGAGUUCAUCUGUGCAGAUGUCACAGACCCAGUGCAAGAGAAAGACCUAGUGGAGUUCGAUGUGGUCUACAUGGCCGCGCUAGUCGGCAUGUCGCAGGCCGAGAAGGAGAUGAUUAUCUUGCAAGUUGCAGACAGGAUGAGGCCCGGCGCGCUGUUGGUUGUCAGGAGUGCGUGGGGCAUGAGAACUUGUUUGUAUCCAGAAGUGCAGAUCGCUACGGAGGGAUUACUUAAGAGGUUGGAGAUUUGUGUGGUUGUGCAUCCUUAUGGGCAAGUGGUGAACUCGGUUGUUGUUGCUAGGGUUAGGGUUAGGGAGUAG